UAUUAGUUUACUGUAGUAAUAUCAAUGUUUAAAAUUAAGAUAAAAUUACGCAGUUUAUUUUGAGAAGGGGAAUGCGUAUUUUACAGUGAUAAUUUUAAGAUAGGGAAUGAAUAGGUCCAUCUUCCAUACGUUGUCAACAUGGCUUUUUCUGCAUUUAUAUUUUUUCUUAAGAUGGUUGAGAAAAAGAUUUGAAAUUGCAGAAAACUUCAUAAAAAAUAAAUAUGAAAACAGACUAAAUCAAGAGAAUAAACCUGAGCAAUUUCAAUCCGCAAAGGAGAACAAUAGUUUUUCAUACGAAAAUACCACAUUUUACGAAGAAAAUGAAAUAUGCGAGCGUAGGCAUGAAAACAAAUCAAAUGAGGUAGAAAACUCUACAUUUUCUGAUAUACUGGAGCAAGAUGAACCUACAGAUGAUUUUAUGAAGCAACGUUUAGCUUCGCACGCGGCUGUGGAAGAUAAAGUGACAGAACGCUCAUUUAUGGUUACUUCAGCUUCUUACACGGUACCAAUACGUUCAUUGGCAGAAACUGCAGCUUCUAAUAAAGUGCUUGAAGAUACAGUAACACAAUUUUCAUUGAAGGAAAGUUCAGCUGCUACUGUCACCAAAGAAGAUAUAUCAAUUAAACGUUUAUUGAAGAAAAGGUCAGCUUCUAACACAGAUAUAGAAGAUACGAUGACAAAAUACCAACUAAAUGAAAGUUUAUUCUCUCUUGCAGUCGUAAAAAAUACAAUGAAAAAUGGUUCAAUGAUGGAAGGUUCAGCGUCUCGAUCUGUUAAGGCAGAGAGAGUAAGAACAAUUUUAUCUGAAAUCGAUGAUAAAGAUUUACGUCAAAUGUUAAAACUGCAUGAAAACUCUGAAGAAUUAAUGAUUGCACUAGGUUCGGAAGCACCUCGGUCACUUUCAAAAGAUCUAAUGAAUAGUCUUCAUAAUAACGGAUAUCUUUCUGAACAUAUUAGUUAUGAUGAUACUGUUAAUGUUUGUAGUGACAUGUACAAAACAUACCUUGAAGUAUUUGGAGGUUCAGAAUUUUGGGUUUAUGGACUUUAUGUUAUCUUAAUUGAGCAGUUCAAAGUAGAUGCAGGUACCAAAUCUGACAAACAGAAAAAUAAAUUACGUAUAUCUGUGGUUUCGUCUGAAACAUUCGAAGAAGCCUUGAGGCGCAGUCAGAUACAAACAAUUGAGUUAACAUACACAAAUGUUUUUUCCAAGUGA